GACCGCGGACCUGCAAGGAGCUGCUCACCCGGGGGCACUUUCUGAGCGGCUGGCACACCAUCUACCUGGCCGACUGCCGGCCCCUGACUGUGCUCUGUGACAUGGACACAGACGGUGGGGGCUGGACUGUGAGAACCAGUGAGCUCCGGGUAGACCUCAUGGACUUUGAGGGAAACCGCCAGUUUGCCAAGUACACGUCAUUCAGGAUGGCGGCCGAGGCGGAGAAGUACAAGCUGGUCCUGGGGGCCUUUGUCGGGGGCAGUGCAGGGGAUUCUCUGACACCCCACAACAACCAGUCCUUCACCACCAAAGACCAGGACAAUGACCAGCAGUCUUCAAACUGUGCUGUGCAGUUCAAGGGGGCCUGGUGGUACACUGAUUGUCACUCGUCAAACCUGAACGGUCUCUACCUGGGGGGUUCCCAUGAGAGCUACGCCAAUGGUGUCAACUGGAGGACCGGGAAUGGCUACAAAUACAGCUACAAGGUGUCUGAGAUGAAGGUCCGGCCCGCCUAGCUUUAGCGGGACCAGGUGGCCCGAAGAGGACCCCUGUGUGUUGGCAGGGAGGGCUCCAUAAGCACAGAGCACGGCGACAUCACAGCUCUUCAUCCUGUCCCCAGCCAAGGAACGUGCUCACCCUGCGCUCCCUGCCGUCCCUUGCCUUGCAGAGUUAUAGAACCCGCAACAUGGAAGCCCGUCCUCUCCCC